AUGGCCAAUAGAGAUGAAUCAUCUUGGUUGUCCAAGUCUCCAUCCCCAUCAGAAGUUCAGCUCCAUGUACGUGGCGUGCCUUUCCAUGUAGACAGAGAUCUUCUGUCUGCAAGAUCGGCCAAAAUAGCUGCCCUGCUCAAAGAAAAUCCUACAGAAAAGCUUGUUUUUCUUCCCCGAGAUAUUCCUGCUGAUCCAGAAACCUUUGAGCUUGUUGCUAGAUUCUGCCACGGGUAUGAACUGAUUUUGUCCACAGAAAAUGUCAUACCACUCAUUUCUCUUGCUUACUACUUGGAGAUGACUGAAAGUCACAGCGAAAAUAAUCUGCUGGACAAGAGUCUUGUUUUUUUGGAAGAUAGAGUCCUUUCUAGCUGGAAUGAAACCAUCAAGGCUCUUUGUUCAGCAAGCAGUACCCUUCAACAGCAUUCUGGUUUGGUUGACGCAUGUUUAGAAUCGCUUGUUUACAAAGCAUUGGCUGAUCCCCGACUUCUCGGAGAACCAAUCAAGAAUUCGUCGUAUAAUGAGGAUAGUGAGGAUGAGGAGGUCUAUAGGCCAAAUGCUAGAAGAAAACUUUUUGCUCCUGAUUGGAAAUCAGAGGAUUUGACUGCACUGUCCCUUCAGUUAUAUGAUCCCCUCAUGCAUGCAAUGAAUCAGCAUGGAGUCCCAACAGAAUAUGUUGCAGCAUCUCUUUGUCAGUACGUAAAGAAGUGGGUCUUUUCAGCAGAGAACGAGUCCAUUUACAAGAGGGGUGUAAUUGAAGCAGUGGAAAGGCUUCUGCCUCCUGAAAAAGGAAUUCUUCCUUGCACAUUGUUGUUUGAAAUGCUCAGGUUUGCUAUCUUCCUGGAAUGCAGCAAUGAUUGUAGAAGCGGUUUUGAGAUUAGGAUUGGGAAGCAAUUAGACCAUGCGGAAGUGAAAGACCUCUUAAUACCCUCUCAAGGUUAUUCCAAAGAAAUCCAAUAUGAUAUUGAGUGUGUGAGGAGGAUUUUGAAACAUUUCUAUGCCAACUACAUCAGUACUAAUGUUUCAGGGAUAAUCUCAGUGGCAGAACUUAUUGAAGAAUUUUUGAUGGAGGUUGCAAGCGACAUAGAUUUGAGGAUAGACACAUUUGUUUCCUUAGCUGAGAUGUCAAUGGCAGCAUCAUUAGGCACGCAAAGAAAUUCCGAUGGAAUAUACAGGGCCAUUGACAUUUACUUGGACAAACAUAGAUAUUUGACAGAGCUGGAAAGAGAGGAGGUAUGUAGGGUGUUAGAUUGCCAAAAAAUGUCACCUGAAGCCUGUGAACAUGCAGCAAAGAAUGAAAGGUUGCCGGUUAGGUUUGUGGUGCAGGUGUUGUUUGUGGCGCAGUUGCAGUUGCGCGACACAAUCACAAAGGAGGUUCAGGUUUUUGAUGAUACAUUGAGAAGAGAGGUUGUGGAGGAUGAGGAGAAUGAAGUGAAGGUGGGUUUUGAUGAGGAAGAGGUUAGGAUUGAAAUGGAGAAAAUGAGCAUCAAAGUGAUGGAGCUAGAGAGAGAGUGCUGCACAAUGAGGCACGAAAUAGAACAUGGUUUGACCCAUCAGAAGUCAAAAAAGGGGAAAGUUAGCAUGUGGAGAGAAUUGAAAAGAAAGUUGGGGUGCGUGAGUAGCACUCAUGAUUGUAACUGCCAAGUCCAGAAGAAGAAGAAGAAGAAGAAGAAGAAGAUGCAUUCAAAAUACUGA